AUGCAAGAAAAUACAUUUCCAGCGGCUGAAAAAAUACUCUCUGAUAUCGAGAAUGUUAUGAAAAAAGAUACAAACCUACAAAGUUUUGAGAUAAUUUUGGAAGAUGACAAUGAAAAUAAGUCUCCUGUAUACCAUGAAGAAAAUUCUCUGGGCUUGGCAUCCUGGUGUGUGCAGCCACUUUAUUGCUACACAUACAAUCGUCUCAUAGAAUUACGGAACAAUAAAUUACGCCGAGAGGAUCCGGUAAUGACUUCUCGCUGGUUACUGGGUGCAAUUCUUCUCAAUCCUGAUGUCAAUACCUUUUGGAAUAUGAGACGUGAAUUGGUUCGUAAUGGACGUAUUGAUGCUAUCCAAGAAUUGCGUUUUAUAAAACUAGUUCUCUAUCAUAAGGCUAAAUGUUUUGAAGCGUUUUCUUAUCGACGCUGGCUUAUUCAAUUUAUUUUAAUAGAGAACCUACAUGUCGAUAACAUCGAAUCAUUAUUACAAGAAGAAAUAAAUGUUGCUAUAAUAUCAGCAAACCGGUAUGCCAACAAUUAUCAUGCUUGGAGUUAUCGACAGCACGUAGUAUCAAUGUAUGAGGCCUUAAUAUCAACAAAUUUUCAUGAAUUUCUCAUUUCUGAGUGGGAGUCUUCUGAAAAAUGGUGUAGUCUUCAUGUUUCUGAUUACAGUGGACUAGUUUAUAGACAAUUUCUGCUCAAACAAUUACUUAUUAAAUCAGAAUUAAUCCAAUCUGAUGAUAUAUUAUCUUCGGAAUAUGUAGAUGAACGUCGUAAAAUUAUUUAUGAAUAUAUUAAUAAGUAUAAUAACGCACAAGGUUGUAAAGAUAUUAGUUAUUUAGACAAAGAAUCUUCUUGUGAAUUUAUUAACACUCUUCACGGCAACACUAAUAAUCAAAAAUCAAAUGUUGAUUAUUUACAAGUGUUAAUAGCUUUAUCUUACUGGAUAGAAGAUUGUAUUCUUAAUGAAGAUCUUAUUAAAUGUUAUCCUGGUCAUGAAGCUCUUUGGUACCAUCGAAGAUUUCUCGGGCAUACGCUUAGAUGCAUUAAACUUUCAUACUCAAAGUAUUCGUGCUACAAGGCAGAGUCUUUUGAAUCUCCAUAUUGUAUUCGACUCGAAAAUAGUCACCAACGGUCAAGUGAUAAUGACUCUCGAAAUUUACUUGAGAUUGCUUUUAAAAAUCAUAAUAUAGAUGUAAUUGAAUUUUCAAAACAACAAGGUAGCUAUCAAAGUGAUAUUGCUGAUAAAUUUAUAAAAUUUUUAGGUAUUUCACAUAUUGAAUUCUAA